UUUAAAGAGAUUUAGUCACAAGAUAAGUGCAAACGUGUACGCUUAUUAUGCAGGACACUUAAAGUUGUAGACUCAAAACAACGUUUUCGAUUUGAAGUUAUAGCAGGGAUAGCAGUACAGAUAGAAACCUUACAAAGAUGGUUUUGCUUAUGCUAGUGGUACUGUACUUCUGCAGUUUAGAAGAAGUAGUUGCUUCAGACAAUCCAAUUUCACCACAGGCUUACAAAAAUGUUCUAAAUCAAGGAUUUGCAACCACAUAUUUUGAACAAUUAAAUUUUGACCAAGUCUACGAUAAAAAGGACGUUGUAGAUGUUUCUGAGAGAGGAUUCACAAACUUAAGGUUACGAUGCAGAGAAGAUCUUGACGGGUUUAAUAUGACAGCAUUUUUAGCUAAUUUAGAGACGGUUGUAGAUGAUUGCUUAAGUCUUAAUGUUACACCUUACAUUUCUUGGAUAAAUCAUGCAGCGGAAGCCGAUGCCACUGAGGAAUAUCGACAAGGUUAUUUGGAUUGGUGGAAAGCUGUUGCAAUACAAUUGAAGGACAAAGAUUACAGACUUUCAUUUAACUUAUUUACCGAGCUUGACACAGAUAGCAGCCUACGUACAAACUCAUCAGGCUACAAUGACUGGACUCGUUCUGUCAUAAAAGUCAUCCGUGAUACAGGUGGAAAUAACGAGAAGCGUAUUCUUAUUCUUGCGUCUCCUGAGAUAAGUGCAGAAGGUUUGCAAAAAAUAGACCCAACCAUUUACCAGAAUGAUACCUAUUUGAUGAUAGAAGCACACACAUAUGCAGCAGGACCACAAAACAUAUUCGAGAACGGUUCAUGUAAGAGUUCCCCUCCAAGAUGCUGGAUAGGGGAUGGCGAAACUAUCGGUAAAAGUCUUGUGGACCAGAACAUUGAAUUUGCAACAAAGUUCACAAAAGACAAUGGCAUUGAGAUCGUCUGGGGGGCAUGGAUGCCGUUUGACAAUACGUCAGGAGGAUUAAACCAAACAGAAGUUAUUGAUUUUAGUACGUAUUUUGUUCAAAGUCUUAAAAAUGCAUCGAUCCCUUGGUCUGUGAAUGACCUUGACAAAUUCUAUGAUGUCAUGGCAAGCCAGUGGAAAACAGAGCUGUCAACCAUCAAAGAGCAGCAGUUUAAUACAACACUCGUAUUAGACGCAAUUGUUGAAAAUAUGUAAUUUGAUUUAAUUCAACAGGUAAAACAUUGCGAAAUGAAAACAUGCAAGUUGUUGUACGCCUGUGAAUAAAUAUUGAUAAAUAUGGCUGAAAGACUA